CAUGUUUCUAUAUAUGAUAACGAUAUGAUCAAAAGGUGUUAUAUUUAGAAGAUUACAAGAAUUAUUUGUUUGUGAAUGAGCAAUGGGUGGAGGGCAACAUAAACAGAAGAUAAAACGAGGGUUGUGGUCACCAGAUGAGGAUGAGAAGCUUAUCAGUUAUAUUACUACACAUGGAAGCCAUGGUUGUUGGAGCUCAGUUCCUAAACUUGCUGGGUUACAAAGAUGUGGAAAGAGUUGUAGACUAAGAUGGAUUAAUUAUCUAAGACCAGGUGUAAAACGAGGAAAAUUUACUUCUCAAGAAGCCAUGCUCAUAAUUGAUCUACACAAAACCUUGGGAAAUAAAUGGGCACAGAUAGCGAAACACUUGCCAGGAAGAACAGAUAGUGCAAUCAAAAACUUCUGGAACUCCAACAAGAAAAAGAAGCUUCUUCUUCAUGGCAACUCCUCUGGUCAUACUAUUAUUGCUGCUAACCUUAAAAAUAACAAAAUUCAGGUUCCUGGAAGCAAUGAGCAAGAUCAAGAGGGUUUGUGUAGUUCAGAUCUUAAUGGGAACAUUCCAUUGAUCAAACAUCAUCAAGAAGAUGAAAUUGAAAUGCAACUUGAUGAGCUUCCUCCCUUUCCACCAUCAUUCAUGGAUGAUUCAUAUACUGUUCUUGAUGAUCGCCAACCAGAGGAUUUUGAUUCGAUUCUUGAUCAAAAUUGGGAGACAACUCAUGUUCCUUUGUUCUGACUUUUGAGAGUGCAUUAUGAACAUAAUAUGAAACAUGCAUGAUACAAGAUCGAUUGAUGACGAGUCUUCUCCUAAGAAAAAGAAAUGCCAGCAGAGAUGUUGGAAACCAGCUUUUAUAGACGAGAGUGGGAUAUAAUUUUGUAGUAAUUAUAUAUGAUUUCUGAUAAAAUCUGUGAGCAUUAUUGUAUAUUGAUAGGAAUGGAGUUGUCAAAGCAUAGUUUUAGAAAUAUGAAUGUGAAAUAAUAUGAUAUUGGACUAACAUCUGCAGUUCUAUUUCAAAAACUCAACAUACAUAGCUUAGUUGAAGACAAGUUUCGUGCUAAUUUGAACCCUAACACCCUUAAGUAUAAAGAUCAGUCUAUUACUCCAUUUACAAGGGAAAUACAACAAGUCUGAAUAGUGGAGCGCGAAAAUAUCAAAGAGAAGCA